GAGAAGGCAAUGGAAUUUCCGUGUAUAUAAACCCCUUCGAUGCCUCACUGCAUCCUCCCCCUCUCCUUCUCUUCUCUCUCUCUCUCAAACUCUACAUCUCUCUCUGUUGCUCUGUUUCUCCUUCAUUUCUAUCAGAAAAGCUUUUUCCUGGUUUCUUGAUCAAAAUGGAGUUUGAGGAUCUAUACCUUCAAGCACAACGGCCUAAAUAUGAUUGCCUUUUGUUUGAUCUAGAUGACACCCUUUAUCCCCUUAGUUCUGGUCUUGCAGCUGCUUGUGGCAAGAACAUUAAAGACUAUAUGGUAGAACGACUUGGAAUAGACAAGAGCAAGAUCACCGAAUUAGGCAAUCUGCUGUACAAGAAUUACGGGACAACAAUGGCUGGCCUCAGGGCAAUUGGCUACGACUUUGACUAUGAUGAGUACCACAGUUAUGUUCAUGGGAGAUUACCUUAUGAGAACUUAAAACCAGAUCCUGUCCUAAGGACUCUUCUGCACAGUAUUCCCAUUCGAAAAGUGAUAUUUACAAAUGCAGACAAAGUACAUGCCCUUAAAGUUCUUUCCAAGCUUGGAUUAGAGGACUGUUUCGAAGGGAUCAUUUGUUUUGAGACAUUAAAUCCUACCCAUAAGAGCACCACUUCUGAUGAUGAAGAUGAUAUAGAGUUUAUGGGAUCAACUGCUUCUACUACCUCAACCACUGCUAAUGGUCCUAAAAUUUUCGACAUUAUUAGCCAUUUUGCUCAACCAAACCCCAAUUAUGUGUUGCCAAAGACACCUAUUGUCUGCAAGCCGUCAGAAAUUGCCAUAGAAAGAGCUCUUCGAAUAGCCAACAUUAAUCCUCAAAGAACUUUGUUCUUUGAAGAUAGUGUCCGAAACAUACAGGCUGGAAAACGCGUAGGACUUGAUACUGUACUGGUUGGCACGUCACAAAGAGUUAAAGGGGCAGAUUAUGCAUUAGAGAGUAUCCACAACUUGAGGGAAGCAGUGCCAGAGCUUUGGGAGGUUGAGAUUAAAUCAGAAGUUGGGUACCAAGAGAAGCUUGCAAGGGAGACACCUGUAACUGCUUAAAAUAUUUUCAUUAUUAAUUAAUCAUUAGAGGUUAAGAAAGUGCAGAUUAUGAAUGAUCUCAUGCCAAUUGCUAUCAAUUGUUACAUCAGAGCACCUAAUUGUAAACCCAAAGCUUGGAAUCUUCCAUUUUCAUUUCCUCAAUUUCAUGUUUCAACGAUGUAAAUGUUUUGUUCUAAUCAUUUUAUGUAUUAAAUCAAAAAUAAAAUUACUUAUUUCUAUUCCCAAUAA